AUGCGUGGCCUUCUGUGGGGCCACCGCACCUCGGCGCCUGCCAGCCACCCCUCCGCACCCGCCGCCACCCCGCCGCAGGAGGAAUCCGCUGCGGCGGCUCUCGCUCUGCCGGGGAAGAAACAGCCUCCUCGCCUCCGCUUUAAUCGCCUGUGUUUGCACAUCUCCCCGAGGGCUGGAAGCCGCCGCGAUCGCAUCAACAACAGCCUGUCCGAGCUGAGGAGGCUGGUGCCCAGCGCCUUUGAGAAGCAGGGAUCAGCCAAGCUGGAAAAAGCAGAGAUUCUGCAGAUGACUGUCGAUCAUCUGAAAAUGCUGCAUACAGCAGGAGGGAAAGGUUAUUUUGAUGCUCAUGCUUUGGCUAUGGACUAUCGGAGUCUAGGGUUUCGAGAGUGCCUGGCUGAAGUUGCUCGAUACCUUAGUAUUAUAGAGGGUCUGGACGCCUCCGAUCCUCUGCGAGUUCGACUUGUGUCUCAUCUCAAUAACUACGCCUCUCAACGGGAAGCAGCAAGUAGCGCACACAGUGGCAUUGGACACAUUCCUUGGGGCAGUGCCUUUGGACAUCACCCUCACAUAUCUCACCCGUUGCUGCUGGCUCAAAGUGGGCACGGUAAUACCAGUACUACAGCAUCUUCCACAGACCCACAUCACCAGACCAGAAUUGCCGCCCCACAUGCUGAAACUUCCUCACUAAGAGUGCCCCCAAAUGGCAGCGUUGGACCAGUGCUUCCCGUGGUCACAUCUACUACCAAACUGUCUCCUCCUCUUCUCUCCUCCAUGGCAUCUCUGUCUGCGUUCCCCUUUUCGUUUGGCUCCUUCCAUCUGCUGUCCCCCAACGUGCUCAGCCCAUCUGCACCAACGCAGUCAGCAACCCUUGGCAAACCAUACAGACCCUGGGGGACUGAGAUUGGAGCCUUCUAAGAACUAACUCUUUAGUAAGGGUGGGGAAGCCUACAAACCUAGCUGAGCUGGGUUAUGCCACGCUUAAAGUUGAAGUUCUUAAUAACUGGGACAAAGGUACAGCUUCACCUUAACUAAGUUUGUCUAAAAACUCUCUCUUUGGAUUUUUCUUUUUGUUUUCUACAUUUUUGUAUUAGCAAUUUUUUUUUUUAAAUAGUUGCUGAAGUUGUCCAAAAAUAAAAUUACAAUAGUGGUUGUUAACACUUGUGUUAGAUCUGUGCUGAGCAUUUAAAUCACUUCUGUAAACAGUUUGUUUCAAAUGUUUCAUUUUUCCUGAGUACGUCAGACCGCCUUUUUGUGAAGAGAUAUCACCUGUUAUUGUUAGCAAUGGCCUAGUUUAGUUUUUAAUUUUUCCAAGACCACUCUUCUCAGCAUUAACAAGCUGUGUUUUUGUUAGUAUUUUGACAUUGAGAUGUUCUAUAAAGAAUUACUCUUUUUGUAAACUA